AAUAAUUUAAAUACGUCUGCUACCGUGUGCUCUAACGCAUAAUGCUUAAGAUGACAGCAUCAUAGUUUCUCUGCGGUACUGGAAGCAACUAUAGCUCCUCCUUGGGUUUAGCUGAGCACGAGCAACCUGUUACGAUCACUCCACCCGCAGCGCCCCCACACGAUCCGCGGCAUGUUUUGUUUACCUGGCAGGCGCAUGGCUGCCUCCUUCCGAUUCCGACGUUACAUCGUCGGGUUCGUGUGUGCACAGACAAUUUUCAUACUUUUCCAGGUUUUUGUGUUUUAUCCAUGUGUAGUCAGGGCACCGUUAGACUUGGACUUGUUGAAGAGAGAGGCUGACACCACGAACUUGGAUGCACAAUUUGAUCAAACGGGUUGGUACAAGGCAACAUGGGAUUCUUUAGAUAAGCGUCCAAUUCCCAAAUGGUAUGAAGAAGCAAAGCUGGGGGUUUUCAUACAUUGGGGGGUGUAUGCAGUACCUGGCUUUGCUGCAACUUCAUCAGAAUGGUUCUGGUACUGGUGGAAGACACCUCAGAAAUAUUUUGAACAAAAUAAAGAAUACAGGGUUGAUGUUGGUAAAGGUGUGAAGAAGUUUGUUGCAGAGAAACUAGCACCUGGAUGGGAAUACACAGAUUUUGCUCCAGAGUUUUUAGGAGAGUUUUUUGAUGCUGGGAAAUGGGCCAAUAUCUUCAAGGCAUCUGGUGCAAGGUACUUAACUUUUCUUUCAUAAUGAUAAUGUUAAUAAUAAUAAUAGCAUUUAUUUCUUGCAACGAAAACAGUUGGAUAUUGCACCUGAUAAUAAGGG